AUGUGUCGAAGAGCAACCUUGGAUGUUGAGAUUAAGGCUGUUAUUCGUGAGCUCAGUGGAGUCAUUCUUCACAAGGACCCAAGCUCUGUAAUUUUGUGGAAUGGAGAGGAUACAAAGUUGAUAAAAGAUAUGCUAGUAUACUUCUGCAUGUGCAUUGAUCAGGAUGACAAUGAAUUAAAGAAACUGACGUUUGUGGUUAUAAUUUUGCUUCCGGUCUAUGGCGGACUGAUCUUCAACUUUCACAAGGGUGAACUUCAGAGUCUAACAAGAAACAGUUGCACGUCUAAUAGCUGCUCAGGACUCAUUGGUGGAGACUGCAAAAGAACAGGUGGUUCAAUAAGUAAUAUAAUCGCACAGGCCACCAAGUAG